AUGGCAAUUUUUCAAUUGCCAUUUAUCAGAAUAGAUAUAAAACAAGAGGAGAAAAGAGACGUACCAUCGACACUAAGGAAGUUCCUAGCGGUUGAUGCUUAUUUGACCAACGUUUUUGUGAAUUGGGCAGAACAAGUAUUACUUUUGAAACGAUUGAAGGCGUAUCACAAAACCUUAGAUAUAUCGUGUCACAGCAUAGCAUGGCUGGCAACUAAUCUCAUGUUGGUCUGGGUUUUUAACAAUUCAAAUUUGUAUCAGAUGCAAGUUAAUCUUUUUAUAGGACUGGUGCUCGACAUUAUUCUAGUAGCAGUGCUAAAAGCGAUAACGAGAAGGAGACGACCUACAACCGACGGCAGCCUCGCGCCUGAAAAAGAUUCCUUUCCGUCCGGCCAUGCGGCACGCGCAGCAUUUAUCACAUAUUUUUUUCUCAAUCUGUGGCCUGUACCUCUGAUAUGUGUGCCGUUCUUGCUGGCGUGGACCUUUGCAGUAUGCGUGUCCAAACUUUUGAUGCGAAAACAUCACAUGGUCGACAUUUGGGCGGGGAUAGCUCUCGGUAUGUUCCAAGGCUUGCUAAUAGGAUACAUGUAUUUGGAACAGGAGACUUGCGCGCGUCUAGUUUGGUGGAUCACGGAUGAAAAAAUAUCCGGAGCCGAGUAUGAUGUUUGA